CCUUUAGCCAGUGUAGUCAGCAACUGGGGAUGGGCUACCAUAUUCUUAUUGUUAAAGCAGUGUAACCGGUUUUACAGGAUGUUUGGUGGCAGGGUACUAUUCUUUAAAUACAAACUAACAUGAAACAGACAUAGUCGUGGUCAUACCAUCCAUGAUGGAUUCAAAUCCACCAGUUCACAGGUUAAGAAAAUAUGUACUGCUACUUGAAUGUUUUGUUUGGAUUACAUUCUGUUUGAUUGUAUGGCGACUGAAUUGUUUACAAAUAAGAAUUCGUCCACUCCCCGACUCUAUUCCAGUUCUUCGAAAUAAUAAUACCUCAUCAACAAUAUCAGUGUUUGACAUGGGAAUCAGUGAUGAGGAGUGGGAAAGACUACAGAAGGCUCUCGAAUGGCCUAAACCAGAUCAAGAAAUCCCUCACCUGAAUCUAAGCACAAGUCCAGUUCACUCAACAUUCUCCAUUGUGGGACUGAAAAAGAGUUACGAAGUGGGAGAAAAUAUUUCUGUUAUUAUCACAGCCAGAGACCACAACAACAACCUGAAGACAUAUGGAGGAGAUUUUUUUAAAGCAAAGCUUUUCAAUUCAGAGCUAAAGGCGAAUGUGUACGGGGAGGUUGUGGAUCAUCGUAAUGGGACUUACUCGGUUACUCUUCUUCUGCCCUGGGAAGGUCAGGCACAAGUUUUUGUACGUCUUGAGCACUCCAGUGAGGUUGUGCAGAUUCUUAAAAAAUACAGGGAUUCCUCAUUCCCACGCAGCCACUAUAUUGGCCACUUCGAAGGGCUAGGUCCACAUAAAAACAGAAUCAGGGAAGCAGUACAAUGUAAUCUUAAGUGGGGUGCAGAAGGAAGCUGGAGGAGAGGCAACUGCUGCUGUGAAUAUAAGGAUAAAAAAACAGGAAUGGUGUGGCAGUGUGAGACACCGAAGAAACUUUCCUGUGACAAUCUAGUUUAUCACUCAAAAGGAAGUUUGGAGAACCCAUUAAAUGCUUUUGAGAAGCAGUUUUUUGCAAAGGCGUUAACAAAUGUUCCUAUUACUGGAGAUAAACAAAUCAUCAAUGUCCUUCCCAACACUGCAGGCAUUGGCACAACGGUGAGAUGCAGAUCUAACUUGAAGACACCAGUUCCUGCUGGGUUCUAUUUCAAAGAUGUUUGGAAGUCUUUUGUAUGCAACACUCAGCAAUUCAGUGCUGCCAAAAUGGGAAACUGUCUUAAAAAAAAGAUUGUCUACAUGAUGGGAGACUCCACCACAAGGCAAUGGUUUGAGUUUUUUGAAAAAAACGUGCCAGGCUUAAAGAGAAUGAACCUUCACACUCCUCGUUUGGCUGGACCCCUGAUGGCUGUGGAGUUAAGGAAUAACAUCAUUAUUCACUGGAGGCCGCAUGGUGUUCCUUUGCGGUUUACUAUAAUGCCUAUGACUGACCUGCAUUAUAUCGCCAAUGAAAUUGAUAAAAUAGCUGGUGGUCCUCAUGUGGUCGUUGUCUUCACUAUCGUUGCCCACCUGGUGUUUCACCCAGUAACAUUUUUUGUCCACAAAGUGGACAAAAUCCGUCAGUCUGUUGUUGCGCUGCUGAGCCGUGCACCACAGACCACCGUCGUCAUCAAGUCUGGAAACACUGCAGGACUGAAGGACGUUUUUCAAAGUGACUGGUAUGCGCUGCAGCUGAACACAGUGAUGCAGGAGAUGUUCAGCAAUAUUAAUGGAGUAAUCUACUUCGAUGUCUGGCAGAUGACUUCCUGUCACUAUUCAAUUGAAAAUGUUCACCCAGCACCUGUUGUCAUUGCUAAUGAAAUCAACAUGUUUCUCUCAUAUGUCUGUCCUGCCUAAUACAUUCAGACUCAACCACAGUAAAACAACAUUUGUUGGUAACACUUUACUUGAAGGGGUGUGCAUAAGACUGACAUAACACCUUCAUAAUCGUGACAUGACACAUGUCAUGAAUAUGAAGGAGGUUUUAUGCAUGUUUAUAACAACUGUUAUUAAGUGUCUUUCACUCAGUUAUGUCAUUUUUAAUGCAAAGAUGACAUUGUUCGAGAUGCCUUUGUUAUGACAACUUGACGUAAACCAAUACAUCAUAACCUGUCAGUGAAUGGAUGAAUGGCGUGCCUACAAGAGACAGCUUACCCAAUACAGAUAUAGUACAGUAUUCUGUCUGCCAUAAAAGACACUUUGUUGAUCCAGGGACUGGUGCUCAUACUCAGCAUAUUAAGCAUGCAUGGCAGAAUUAUAAGUUGGAAAUAAGUGACCCUGGACCACAAAACUAGUCUUAAGUGGCACGGGUAUAUUUUUAACAAUAGCCAACAAUACAUUGUAUGGGUCAAAAUUAUCGAUUUUUUCUUUUAUGCCAAAAAUCAUUAGGAUAUUAAGUAAAGAUCAUGUUCCAUAAAGAUAUUUUGUAAAUUUCCUACCAUAAAUAUAUAUCAAAAACUUAUUUUUGAUUAGUGAUAUGCAUUGCUAAGAACAAUUUUACAAAUUUGGACAAAUUUAAAGGCGAUUUUCUCAAUAUUUAGAUUUUUUUGCACACUCAGAUUCCAGAUUUUAAAAUAGUUGUAUCUAACAAACCAUAUAUCAAUGGAAAGCUUAUUUAUUCACAUAUCCAAGGUCACAUAUGGCGUCAUAGAGGAAAUCAUUUUUCUCACAGUGAUAGCACUACUGGUUAGGUGUACGCCAUUAUGGUGGCGUCUUGGGUAGACUUUUCCAUGAUGUAAAAAAGCAUGUCAAGAAAAUAUAAAUGUGUGGGAUGCUGUACUUAACUCUUUUUGCAGUGAUAUGGACCAAACUCUGCAUGACUUAACCCACCAUUGUACUAUUUUCAUUUUAAUGUUUGGGUGAAUCGCUCUCCAAAUGCAAUAAAAUACAAUUUUAUUUAUUUAUUAUUAUUAUUAUUAUUAUUAUUAUUAUUAUUAUUAUUAUUAUUAUUAUUACUAUUGGAUGAUUGAAUGUAUUUCUGUAACACCAGUUAAUCUUUUGUAAUAAUAGACAUUUGAAAUUGUCUAU